AAAACUAAUUCCACCAUCACCAGCUCGAUCCACCACCCCCGCUCGCCUCCUCCGAUUGGUCACAAUCAAUCAACCAACACCACCGAACACACACACACACACACACACGCGCGCCGUUACGAAGCGCAUUGGUGGAGGUGUUGUUGUUGUUGUUUUUGUGUGUGUGUGCGACAAAGGCGGCACGAUCAAAACAAGAUGAAUCAACGGUGAAACCCCCCUGCCCCCGCAUCCCAUCCCCAUCUUGGCCUGCAGAAUGUGUGUUGCAUUUAUUCGUCCUACGAGGCAGCUUGUUCUUGCCGGCGGAGAAUUUAUACUUCCAGUUGCCAGUUGGUGGUCGGUGUUGUUAUUUGUUUUGCUUCUAGCGACUUUGGGGCGUUUCGAUUCGUCUCUUUGUUGGUGGUGAAAAGCGGCAUCCAAACGAAGCUGCCGUCGAGCUUAAAGGAAACAGCCGGACACUGCAAACAUUUUGUUCCCUUGCUUGCGUUUAGGCAUUGAAGAAAAACUCUCCCCCAGCGCCUGUAACAGCUCCUCUGUCUGUCUGACAUUGCCGUUCGAUGUGGCUCAGUAUAGUGUCAUGUCAUUGUGAAUGAUAUUGGUGCAGCGUGACCGGUUAGCUUUUCCUGCUCCUUUUCGGUCCCGGUCCCGGUCAUCGGCUGUACGUUCGUCGCUUGUACCGCUCCGCAAGCGUAGGCAUCACCGCAUGCGUCAGCAGCAGCACGGGAGCAACGGAAACAGUGAAGCAUCACCACGCGCACCCACCUGACAAACACACCCGCAACCCGCAGAGCCGAGGGCAGCAGAGCCGUGCCGUGGCAGAGAGAGAGAGCGUGUGUGUGUGUGUGUCUGUCUGUUUUUUGUUGUUGUUGAGAUAUUUAUGGUGCUUCGAAUCCAAGUUCGAACCGAUCGCAAAAACCCGAUAUAAAUAGGUUUGCGCGCGCUACCGGGGACUUUCCGGUGGACGGGGCGGUAGAGGAGGACGCACCGGGCAGCCUAGACGACGCGUGCACCACCACGAGUGGGAGCAUCAUCCGUUCCUCCGCGCCGAGGACGGUUGUUGCCCCGUCCUCGUUCUCCGGCUUUACCGCACACCGGGGCGACGAAACCCGCCGGCAGCUGGAGCAGCAGCAGCAGCAGCAGCAACCGGAGCAGCCAACCGUGCACGACCGGUUACGGCCCGCGCCGCCAAGAAGCAUGUCCGGCACGACGGGCAAGCGCAAGGAGAUCUACAAAUAUCUCGCCCCAUGGCCGCUCUACUCGAUGAACUGGUCGGUGCGGCCGGACAAGCGCUUCCGGCUCGCCCUCGGCAGCUUCGUCGAGGAGUACAACAACAAGGUGCAGAUCAUCAGCCUAGACGAGGACACGAGCGAGUUCAGCGCGAAAAGCACGUUCGACCAUCCCUAUCCGACGACCAAGAUCAUGUGGAUACCGGACUCGAAGGGCGUGUAUCCGGAUCUGCUCGCGACCAGCGGCGACUACCUGCGGCUGUGGCGGGCCGGUGAGCCCGACACCCGGCUCGAGUGCGUGCUGAACAACAACAAAAACAGUGACUUCUGCGCCCCGCUCACCUCGUUCGACUGGAACGAGGUCGACCUGAACCUGGUCGGCACGUCCUCGAUCGAUACGACCUGCACGAUCUGGGGGCUCGAGACGAGCCAACCGCUCGGGCGCGUCAACCUCGUCUCCGGCCACGUCAAGACGCAGCUGAUCGCGCACGACAAGGAGGUGUACGACAUUGCGUUUUCGCGGGCGGGCGGUGGCCGCGACAUGUUCGCGUCGGUCGGCGCCGAUGGCAGCGUGCGCAUGUUCGACCUGCGCCACCUGGAGCACUCGACCAUCAUCUACGAGGAUCCGGCCCACACGCCGCUGCUGCGGCUCGCGUGGAACAAGCAGGACCCGAACUACCUCGCGACGGUCGCGAUGGACAGCUGCGAGGUGAUCAUACUGGACGUGCGCGUCCCGUGCACCCCGGUCGCCCGGCUCAGCAAUCAUCGCGCGUGCGUGAACGGUAUCGCGUGGGCACCGCACAGCUCCUGCCACAUCUGUACGGCGGGCGACGACCACCAGGCCCUGAUCUGGGACAUCCAGCAGAUGCCGCGACCGAUCGAGGACCCGAUCCUCGCGUACACCGCGGCCGAGGGCGAGGUCAACCAGAUACAGUGGGGCGCCACCCAACCGGACUGGAUCGCGAUCUGCUACAAAACGGCGUGCGAAAUACUGCGCGUCUAAGGCCGUUCCCUCUGUUAGGCUUUUAGCGGUUGUUUUUAGUUUUUACAAUUUUUUUUUCCAUUGCAAACCCAUUACUAUCCAAUUUAUGCUUUAGGUAGUUUUUUUUUUUUUUUUUUGGUUAGUUUACACUAGAUUAAUUUACAUCCACGCCGCGGUACACACGCGGUGCUGGAACGAAAUUUGUACAUUUGCUUGGUUUGAUGAGUCUAAACCAUUCCUUUAGCCCCCCCCCCCCUCCCUCUUCCCCCUUCCCCUUCCUGUGCGCUACAGCAGGCUCCAACCUGCGCGCACAACCACGUGUCACCAUUGUCUAGCUUUGGUAGCGAGAGAUUCAAACCUUACCUGCUAAUGAAUUUGAAUGCGAAUUAUUGUUUAUUGGAAAAGAGUAGCUUUUAUUUACACCAACAACGGCAUCAUGCCAUGCACCGCCACAUACUCAAUGCGCGCACCCCCUCUACGCAGCAUCAAUACGCAAAAAGACAUGUUUGACACGGAGUGUACGAACGAACGUAUAGGUUAAGCAGCUUCCUGCGCUAGCUUUACACUUACACAGCUGGGCGGGAAAAGCAUUCUUUCACGCUUCCACUCCUCCUCCAACACACUGUGCUGUAUCAUUUACGCAUCGGAAGGCAAGGGCGAUAUUUCGUAGAGGUAGCUUUUGCAUACCGCAGUCGCUGGAAACCUGACAAACGGCGAACCCUUCAAAUGAGCCUAAUUUGAAUAAUCGUGCAACAGUUAGAAUACGCAAUCCGGUAUGAAAAUUCACUGCACCCUUCCUCCAGGGGGGGUGUCGUUUCAAUCGUAAUUAUUUUCUUUUUUUAUGUACUUACUUAUUGCUUAAAUGGAGAUACUUCUCUAUUGUCGAGAGCAACCCGUGUAAUCAGGAGUCGUAGCUAAACCUUCCCUUGUAGUGCUAAAAAAGGAGAACCAACUGGCUCCCUUCAGGGUUUUCCGGGGUUCUCUCUAGUCCAGGUUUCACUGUGCUACCCCCGCUGCAUAGUUUGUUAGGUGUAUGUUUAGGAUUUUUUUUUAAAUGUUUUGUAAUACUUUCUUAAAAAAAAUGUGCAACUUUUAUCGCAAAACCCCAUAUAUCCUUGCCGCCCUCUUUUCCUGGUGUAAUACAGUUAGGGAAUAGUUCCAAUUACUGAACGGCGCAAAUGCAAACAGCAAACACGGGAGGGUUUUGAGCGGGCGAACACCGAAAACAAUCAACCUUUCCACUGUACUGCUCAUAGGCAGCUAUUUUGUUUUAAAUUAUUUUCCUAAUUUUCGACAAUCGCGUGUCCGGGCAGCACUCCCCCCCAGUACGCGUGUGCGUGGAGCCUAGUGGUACAACGCCGAGAACGGUUUAACCUGCCAAAUCGCUGCUUUUUUUUUAAAUCAUUGAGCGAUUUUGGGGUUAUUUCAGAACGGCCUGUGUGUUGAUAGUGUUGGAGGAAUACCAAAAACAACAGAAAAAUGCAACGGCUUUUUCCCCCUGCUGAAGCUAUAUACUUUACUCGACGGCCUAGCGAUAGAAAAAUCAAACCGUAAAAGGAAAGCGUGUCCGUUUUGGUUCGAUGCUUCAGGUGUUUCAUCCUCCCUGCGCUGUCCUUGCAGGGUUUUCCUUGUCACUUUCGAAUGUGCACAUCAUUAUUCACCGUCUGCAAAAUGUUUUCCACAACUGUCACAUAUUGUGUAUUGACAUCACAAGAAAACUUCAGUUCUUACACAUGAUUUAAGAGUGAUCCAAUGGUCGAGUCGUCAACUCGAACGAUUCAAUAACAUGCGCGCCAUGGGUUCAAGUCCCUAAUGGGGACCGUCCCCCUGUAGCAAGGAUGUGACGACUAUACGCGUCUGUGUUUACGUUUAAGAGCCUGUGAAGGCCGGCAUGUCCGCGUAGGACGUUACGCCAAGCAGUAGAGGAAGAAGACGAUUUUCAACACAUCACAAAGAGAACUGUCUCAAACUCAAUGCAACUUUGAGAUGUGUUCAAAAUUAUGUGGAAGAACUGUGAUAUUUUAUCGUGUUUUUCAAUACAAUAUGUGACAGCUGUUGAAAAACAUCUUGAAGGCGGUAAAUAAUGAAGUUCACAUUCGAAAGUGACUUGGAAAAACCCUGUACCUUUCGUGUAAUACUACACUUUGUAAUACUGAAGCAAGCGCAUCUACUUGAUGGACACACACACACACACACACACACACACACACACACACACACACACACACACACACACACACACACACACACACACACACACACACACACACACACACACACACACACACACACACACACACACACACACACACACACACACACAUAUACAUACGGGGUUUUCCAAGUCACUUUCGAAUGUGCACAUAAUUAUUCACCAUCUCCGAGAUUUUUUUCAACAGUCGUCAAAUGUUGUAUAUCCAUCACAACAAAAUUUCAGUUCUUACACUUGAUUUUCAACACAUCACCAAGAACUGUCAAACCUCAAACCAACUUGAGACGUGUUGAAAAUCAUGUGGAAGAAUUGAAAAACUAUUCAGAUGCAAAUGCAACGUUUGACAACUGUUGAAAAACAUGUUGGAGGCGGCGAAUAAUGAUGUGCACAUUCGAACGUAGCUCGGAAAACCCUGUAAAGGUGUAUCAUUAUACUCAAUUAUUUAAACAUGGGCGUAAGAAAAGUAAUAAGAAUAGAAGAAGAAGAAAAAAAACACAAACGAUGGGAUUAUAUUUCUCUAGUAUUGGGUGUUGUAGGUUAAUAUGUUUCUUUUUUGUUUUUACUUUUACUAUCAAGGCCAGAGCGUCCUAUUAUUGCACUGUAAUGCCGUGCAUCGCACAGAUAUGCAACGUGGUCUGGAACCUAAAGGAUAGCCUAAUAUAAUACUGUAGUGGGCAAGGUGUUGUGCUCUAAUAGGAUGGCAAAAAAAAAACACACACACACACCCAUGCUAGCUGAUUAUAUGUAUACAUAUAAUUGUGGAUUAUUUAAGAUUACUUUAAGUGUAAUGGCAACACACAAUGCUGGUGGUAGUAUGGCGAGCCAGAUUUGUGUGCACCCACGGACUCACGAAAAAAAAGAAAACUUACAACAAAAAAGAGGGACGAUUUUGUGAAAAGAAGAUGAUGAAGAAGAGGAGGAAAAAACGUUGUGAAACACAAGCGAAUCGGCCAGAGAAAGGGGGCAAAAACACUGUAACUGUAACGAGCAAAAACUGCGCAAAACGUAAAGGGGCACACCUAAGGGCGCUCUAUGCCUUAAAUGUAUAGCAAUGAUGCUUUUCGGGAUGGCAUCGUUUUGAUCACACACAUAGGGGGGGGGGGG